ACUUGUCUCGUGAACGCACAUCUCGUGAAUGAAAAUUGGAACGGUGAUUUUUAUAAAAAAAAUAAAAAAUAAAAUAUAAAUAUUUUUUGAAAUGUAAUGAACAGUGAGGUGCUAUAAAAUUAAAUAAAAUGUGUCGAAAUAUAUUGUGGUGUUAUACAUUAGUAUUGACUUUGCUGGAUAUAUCACUAAAGACGAAAUUGACAGCCCAGGGAGAGAGCCAUGGUGUUACUAUACAUGACUCCCUAGUUGAAGGAAUCACAUUUCAGGAAUGGGGCAAGGAGUCCGGGGCGGACGGUCUCGCGCUGGAGGGCGAGGGCGAGGGCGACGUGGUGGAGGGCGUGUCGCUGGAGCCGCGCGCGCUGCGCUUCGGGCGCGCCGCGCUGGCGGCGCCGCACGCGCGCACCGUCACGCUCACCAACACCGCCAACACCACGCUGCACCUCGCCUCCGUCGCCGGCACCACGCCCGACUUCCACGCCUCCUUCUUCGAAUCCAAGACGCUGCCCCCGCAAGGCAACACGACCUUCAGCGUGGUGUACCUCGGGCGGCGCGAGGGGCCCGUGUCCGCGCACCUCUACAUACACACCUCUCUCGGAGUACAUAAGUAUCCCGUGUCCGCCGUGGGCGAGGCGAGCCCGUUCGGGCUGUGGCCGCUGGUGGGCGUGCGCGUGCCGCUGAACGCGAGCGUGGAGCCGGAGCUGCGCCUGCGCAACCCCACGGACGCAUCGGUGCAGGUGCGCGAGGUGUACGCGUCGGGCGCGUGGCUGCGCCUGCGCCUGCCGGGCGGCGGCGAGCGCGCGCCGCGCGACGCGUGGGCCGUGCCGCCGCGCUCCGAGCGCGCGCUCGUGGCGCUGCGCCUGGCGCCGCACGCGCUGCCGCCGCUCGCGCCGCCGCGCGCGCUCACCGCCUACGUCCGCGACGCGUGGGCCGUGCCGCCGCGCUCCGAGCGCGCGCUCGUGGCGCUGCGCCUGGCGCCGCACGCGCUGCCGCCGCUCGCGCCGCCGCGCGCGCUCACCGCCUACGUCCGCGACGCGUGGGCCGUGCCGCCGCGCUCCGAGCGCGCGCUCGUGGCGCUGCGCCUGGCGCCGCACGCGCUGCCGCCGCUCGCGCCGCCGCGCGCGCUCACCGCCUACGUCCGCGACGCGUGGGCCGUGCCGCCGCGCUCCGAGCGCGCGCUCGUGGCGCUGCGCCUGGCGCCGCACGCGCUGCCGCCGCUCGCGCCGCCGCGCGCGCUCACCGCCUACGUCCGGAUAAAGGCGGACAUCCCGGGCGGCGGGCUGGUGGUGGCGGUGGAGGCGCGGAGCGUGGCGCCGGGCGAGCACGCGCGCCCGCUGCACGUGCGCCUGCGCGCGCGCGGCGCCGGCGACCCGCCGCACACGCUUCGCCUCGUCCGAAACCGUAACACCUCCGUGUCGCAGGUGGAGCUGGCGGUGGCCAACAGCGCGGACGCGGAGGUAUCAGUGGAGGGCGGCGUGCGCGGGGCGGGCUGCUGGCGCGCCGCGCCGCCCGCCGCUCCCUGCGACGCGCCGGCGCCGCCGCCCGAGCCGCGCCACCACAACGGUAAGUGUCCGCCCGCGCCCCGCCCCGACCUCGCCCCGCCCCGCUCUAACUCUCGCUGUGUCGCAGGGGGCACGGCCACCGGCGCGCACCUCACUCUCCUACGCUCGCAGCUCGCGCCGCGCCAGGAAUUCACGCCCGUCGCGCACCUCACGCUGAACUACGCCGAGCUGUGGGCGCAGAUGCCGGCGGGCGAGGCGCAGGAGGCGUGGUGCGGCGGCUGCGUGCGGCUGGGCCGCGCCGCCGUGCCCUUCAGCGUGCGCCUGCUGCCCGGCGCGCUGCGCCUGGCGCCCGAGCGCCUCGACAUCGUGACGGCCGCGGAGGACGCGAUGCGGGAGCGCGAGGUGCGCGCACGUAACGAAUUUAAACACGCUCUCCGUAUAGACGGUCUACGUCUUCCGGCGGACGUCGCAGAGCACUUUCAUGUGGUGGACCACACGCCGGUGACGCUGAGAGCGGGCGCGUUGGCAUCGCUUUUACACUUGCGUCUCCGCGCGGCUCCGCCUGACGCUUUUUCGCUCAGUUCCGAACUCACAGUGUUCACGAACCUCUCCGAAUACACGGUCCCCAUACGAAUGUACAGCGGAAAGCUCCUCUUCGAGUGGGAGUGGGCGGGCGCGGAGGCGGCGGGCGCGGCGCUGGAGCUGGGCACGCUGGGCGCGUCGUGGACGCGGCGCGUGGGCGCGCGCGUGCGCAACCCGGCGCCCGUGCCGCUGUGCGUGCGCGCGCUGGGCGCCGCGCUGCCGGGCGCCGCCGCCGGCCUGGCGCUGCAGCCGCCCGACACCAAGUGCGUGGAGCCCGGCGGCAGCGCCGCGGCCUGGCUCACGGUGGUGGCGCCGGCGCGCGAGGGCGCGCUGCGCGGCCUGGUGUACGUCAACACGACGCUGGCCAGCUCCGCGGCCGCGCUGGCGCUGCGCGUGCGCGCCGGCCACGCGCGCGCGCUGCCGCUGGCGCUGCCGCCCGCCGCGCCCUACGCGGGCUCGAGCGCCGACCUGGAGGUGGAGAGCUCCAUGGCGGUGCGCAUGCGCGUCACGUCGCUGCGGCCGCUCGCCGCCGACCCCGCGCUCACCUUCCAGUGGGAGGGCGAGGGGCUGGGUGACAUCGGGCCGGGCCGCCAGCGCGUGGCGCGCGUCACGUUCGCGCCCGAGCUCCGCUGUGCACCGCGCUGCUACACCGGCCUGCAGCUGACCUCCGACGAGGGCGCGGCGUGGCUGCGCCGCGGCCAGGCGUACGACGAGGCGGCGCUGCGCGACGACGUGGCGCUGCUGCUGGCGCGGUUCGCGCUGUUCCAGCAGCAGGCGCCGCUCGACUCCAACUUCACGCUGCACCUGCACACCACCGAGGUGCAGCAGCUGGCGGCGCGCGGCGCGGCGGCGCUGCAGUGGCCGCGGCUGGCGGCGCGGCGCGCGGGCGAGGCGCUGGCGGCCGUGCGGCGCGCCGCCGGCCUGCGCCUGGCGCUGCGCAACGUGGCGCGCGCGCCGCUGCUGCUGCACGCGCUGCUGGCGCCCGCCGCGCCCGCCGCGCUGCCCGCGCCGGCGGGCGGCGAUGACGACUUUUGCGCCACCGAGAAAUGCGAGUGGUCGCCCGACGCGUUCCGGCUGUCGGGCUGGCGCGUGACGCGCGGCGCGGCGCGCCUGUGGAACGAGACGGACGAGGCGGGCGCGCACGCGCUGCCGGCGCUGCUGCUGGAGCCGGGCGCCGAGCUCGAGGUGUCCGUCACCUUCGCGCCGCGCGACACGGGCGUCUUCACCGCCCACCUGUACUUGAGAAAUAACUUGACCGUCCUGGAGAGCGUACAGCUGUACGGGCGCGGCGAGUACCCGAGCUUCGACAUCGCCGGCCGCCCGCCCGACUCCUCGUCCCCGUUCGUGUUCGAGGUGAAGGAGUGCGCGUGGAACGGCGCGGGGGCCGUGUCGCGGCGCGUGGUGGCGCGCAACGCGGGCCGCGUGGGCGUGUCGCUGUCGCGCUGGGCGGUGGCGCGCGACGGCUGCGCGGCGCGCGGCUUCCGAGUGUCGCCGUGUGCGCCGCUCGCGCUGCCGCCCAACGCCUCCGCGCCGCUGCACCUCGCGUUCUCGCCGGACUACACGCUCGCCAGGGUCACCGCUUCACUGCAACUUCAGACAGAUUUGGGUCCCGCGGAGUACCUGCUCAUGGCGACGGUGCCGGCUAAGGUCCUCUCCCAGUGCGCGGCUAUCACACCUCGACCCCCGUGGGAGAAUAUGCUGCGCGCGAUUGGAACGCUGCUCGCGUUCGGAGCCUUGGCGGCCGUGUUGUUUGUCGCCGCGAUGGACGCGGAGCGCUUGCUGCGGCGCGCGCGCGCGGCCCGUUGCUCAUCCGAGCCGCGCGCGCCGCUCGACCUGCGCGACCUGCGCGACCCGGCCGACACGCCGUCCCCCCCCGCACCGCUCGCCUCUCGCGCGCCCUCUCGACGCCGCCGUUCGGCCCGCCGGCCUCUGCCACCGCUCGAUCCGCGCGCCGAGCGCCGCGCCUUCGAGCGCUGGCGGACCGAAGUGCUCCGUCGAGAAGACGAAUCGUCUCGAUCGAGCGAGGACGCCGAUCUCGAACUCGACGAAGUUCCAUCCGCGGUGACCGACGACAGCACGACCGCCGCUCCACUGGAGGUGACCUUCGAGACGGAACCGCAGACGCCGGCGAUCGAGGUCGACGGCGAACCGGAAGUUGAACCGUCGCCGGUCGACGAGGACGUCGGCUCGAGCGGCUCCGACGCCUCGACGCCGACCGACGAUCGCGACGACGCGGACGAACCUUACGGCGGCGACGUCGAGCCCGAUCCGAGGGACGACUCGCCUACGGAGGGCUCCGACGUCGCGCCCGCCAAGAAACCGAUCCCCGUCCGGCCGCUCGCGAGGACGCCGCCCGCCGAAGCCGUCCCGCGGGCCGCGAGGCCGCGCCGCGACGCCGGCGACGGCCCGCGGCGGCCCGAGCGGCCGCGGCCGGCGGACGCGGGCUCGCGGCGCGGCGCGGCGGCGCGCCCGGCCGCGCGCAAGGAGCGGCCGGCCCGGCGCCGCGGCGAGCGCGCGCCGCCCAGCCCGCCGCCGCGCUCGCCCGCGCCGGCGCCCGGCGACGCGGCCGAGGCGCGCGCCGGCGUGCGCCUGGGCGCCUCGUGGAGCUCGGUGGUGGCGGCGCGCGGCGCCCCGCUGGCGCCCAUCGGCUCCGACGUGCGGCGCCGCGAGCCCGAGCGCGCGCCCGACAACUCGCUCUUCUACUUCAACGGCACGACGGAAGCGCCGCGGCCGGACGCCGAGUUCGCCUGGCGCCCGCCCGUCACCGCGGAGCGCCCGGCCUUCGCGCCGCCCGCUCGGGACUAUCUCGGUGAGUUCGCCGCUCUGCCGACUGAUUCUAGAAAAAUAACCUAUCUAAAGUCUGUUCAACGAGAAGAGAUACCAAACGUAAACAAAGACGACGGGACAAACAAAAUAUAUACAAAAAUUGUAAUUGUCCUCGUCUCUAAGUCUCAUUCGAGCACUUACGUUCGUCGUCGAUAUGCAUUUAAUAGACUGACACUCUCGCUGUGCUCUCGCGACGCUCUUAGAAAUUUAAAGAUUAACUCUCAUUAUGCUUAUAUGCGAUUACUUCUUUCGAUGUCGGUUGAAAACGUACACUUGGUUUCAGAAGAACCGCACAGCCUCGGCGUGGGCGGCGUGGGCGUGGUGGGCGCGGGCUACGGCGCGGGGCUGGGCGCCGUGUGGGGCGGCGGCUGGGGCGCGUGGGGCGCGGGCCCGCUGCGGCCGCCGCCGGGCUUCGCGCCGCCCUCGCCGCCCUCGCCGCCCGCGCAGCGCUCCUAUGACCCCUUCCGCUCGCUGGCGUCCAUCUGGGCGCCCGUGCCGCACGACUGGCGCCCCGCCGCGCCCGAGCGCGACGACCGCAACUGACCGCACCCCCUCGACCCGCGCGCCCGCUCGACCCGAGCUCCGUAGCCCUUUGACGACGUUGUGAAUCGGUUCGUAAGACCGAGAUUGCAGUGGACCGGACCCCGAUCGGCCGUAUGCGGCGCGCAGCGCAGCGUGCGGCGGUGCGCUAGUCAGAGUCCCACACCGCCCGCGCUACUGGAUGUAGGAAAUAAACGUCAACACUCAAGAUAAUUCUCGCUCGGAGCUGCCGUAUACGACCUACCUUUGUUGUACAAGAUCUGAUGUUACGUAAUAAUGAACAAUCAGAAAACUAA